AUGCCUGGCAUGGGAGAGAUCCGCAAGUGCAUUCAGGCGCUGCAGGGCUGCCGGAGAUGCGGCAAAUGGGUCCCCCUGCCGCUCCACUCCACGCUCUCGCAGCGGGAGCAGCAGAAGGUGUUCGAGCGGCCGCCGAAGGGGAUGCGCAAGAUCGUGGUCACGACGAAUAUUGCUGAGACCUCGAUCACCAUCGACGACGUGGUCUAUGUCAUAGACUCUGGCCGAGAACGGCUGGUCGACCUGAACCCGGAGACCAACAUCUCCUCCCUGAUGGUGCAGUGGAUCGCGCGCAGCAACGCGUGCCAGCGCAAGGGGCGCGCCGGCCGCUGCCGGUCAGGCAGCUACUUCGCCCUGUAUUCGUCGGUGCAGCACGCGGAGCUGUUCCUGGAGUCCCACCCCCCGGAGAUGCAGCGGACGCAGGUGGAGACCCUCUGCCUGCAGGUGAAGGCGCUCGGCUUCGAGGACAUCGAGGCCACGCUGGACCGCGCCCCCGACCCCCCCGACAAGCGCACGGUGGAGGCGGCUAAGCGCUCGCUCGUCACCCUCGGCGCGCUGAAGGAGGACGGCGCGCUGACGCGCCUCGGCCGGCUGCUGAUGGCGCUGCCGGUGCACCCGCAGAUCGGCAAGUUCUUGCUGUACUCUCGCCUCCUGGACUGCACGGACGCGGCGCUCACCAUCGCGGCGGCCAUGGACGUCGGCAGGGUGUUCACGCAGGGCGGCUCCGACAGGCGCCGGCAGGAGCUGGGCGGCGGGCUCCGCAGCGACCACUGGGUCACCGUGCAGGCGUACCGGAGGUGGGCCCGGCUGCAGGAGAAGCCCGAGGAGCAGAAGCAGCUCGCCGACCGGCUGUUCCUGAACCAGAAGGCUCUGGAGCACAUGGCGAAGCUCCGGGUGGAGUUCCUCCGGAACCUGGAGGAGCUCGAGGGCGCCGGGAGGCACGGCCGGGCCGAGCCGCCGGCCAAGCGGGCGGUGCCCCUGGAUGCCACCGACGAGCUGACGGUCAUCAGCGCCGCGCUGGCGUCGUCGCUGCACCUCGCGCGGUUGACGCCGCAGCUCGGCAUGGUCUGCCUGAGCAUCCCCCCCUGCCGAGCCACCGUCGCGCCCAAGUCGGUGAACGCCCUGAAGAAUUUGCUGCAGCCGGAGCUGUUCGAGGAGGCGCUGGCGGUCUGGUUCAACCGCCUGCAGACCUCGGACCUCUUCGUCGAGGACACCACGUUCCUGCGCGCCAUCCACGUGCUGCUGCUCGGGCCACCCCUGUCGGUGCAGGUGAGCUACCCGGAGUACGCGCAGGUGCAGCCGCCGGAGACGGGGGAGGACGCCGCGGAGGUGCUCAAGAGCGAGAAAGAGCGCCGCAGGGCGGCGGCGGAGCGCAGGCAGCGGCGCGAGCAGAAGGAGCAGCGGAAGGUCGCGAGGAUACGGGCGUUGGUGGAGCAGCUGUACGAGGAGCACAAUCCGUCCAAGCUUCCAGAGGUGGAGCAGAUGUUCAAGAAGUACGCAGGUGUCGAGAGCGACAUGUACCUGCGGAUCUGCGCGAAGUACGACACCGUUCCCGACCCCGGGCACCUGCCCUCGGAGGACGAGGAGGAGGUGGACGAGCAGGACGUGGACAUCGCGGCAAGGCAGCUGCACCACGUGGAGCGCCACGUGCCUUGGCUGCGCUGCUCCUCGCCAGAUCGCAUGCGGGCCCUGCUGGAGAUCCGCAAGGUUGCGAUCGAGCUGUUCGACCGUUUCGUCGGCACGUCCGAGAGCAUGCUGCCAAAGGUGGUUGCCGACGCACUUGGCGCUUUCCGGAAGUUCUUGGUGGCGUUCGGCUCCCUUGGAGAUCUCCGAAUGCGUCACCACAAGGACUAUGGCUUCCUCGAAGAGUAUGAGCAGAUCCCCGCUCCGAUGGAAGAGGAGUGGCCUGGCGACAGCGCGACAAACGGCACCCCUGGUGGCAGACGUCUUGUUGCACCUGUGGCCAAGGCGAAGGGCAAGGCCAAUGUGGCAAAGGCGGCCGCGCGCAAGCAGACGGGCUCAGAGCUGGACUCUUGGGUGAAGGACCCCGAG